AGGGAGGGGGUGAAAAUGGCGCCCAGCUCGAAAUCGGAGCGGAACAGCGGGGCCGGGAGCGCCGGCGGAGGCCCUGGGGGGACCGGGGGGAAGCGGGCGGUGGGGCGGCGGCGGGAACACGUUCUCAAGCAGCUGGAGCGAGUCAAGGAGCCACGCAGUGAGAGGACAUAGAGACUCCUGCAAGCUGUCCUCGCCUCUACUAUCAGUGGGCAGCUCUCACCUCGUCUUUUCCGGAAGCUGCCCCCCAGGGUCUGCGUGUCCCUCAAGAACAUCGUAGAUGAGGAUUUUCUCUAUGCAGGCCAUAUCUUCCUGGGAUUUUCCAAGUGUGGCCGCUAUGUCCUCUCCUACACCAGCAGCAGUGGGGAUGACGACUUCUCCUUCUACAUAUAUCACCUCUACUGGUGGGAGUUCAACGUCCACAGCAAGCUCAAGCUGGUAGGACUAGGCCCUGCACUGGGCUGACCCUUCAGACAGCAGGCCUCAGCUGCUCCUGUAUCAGUCAGCCUGUGUCCUGUGUGUAAAUGGCAGUGCUGUACCAGUGGGGCGACCCUUGGAGAGUUGCUGAAUUUUUAGGUCAAACUGGUGAUUUCGUUUGGCUUAGGUAUCACAUAUAGCCCAUCUGAUAGCCUUGGCCUGGGCCAGGAUGCAGGCAGAUUUCUUAGAUUCACACAGGUUGUCACAGUGGCUUUAGCAUUCCUCCUGGAGCCCUGCCUCUUGGUAGGGCGACUUCAGUUUCUGUUCCCAUGGGCAUAGAGGUAAUGUAUUCAGUCAGGGUCCCUCCAGCUUGCAGGGCUCUCUCUGGCUCAGGCCAGAGAGUGUCUGGACCACUUGCAAUGGGAGCUCUUUUCUAGCUAGUGUGCUUCUGGUGUAGCCCUUCCUUAGGCUCGCACUGAUGGAGCAUGCCGCUUAGGUCCGGCAGGUGCGGCUCUUCCAGGACGAGGAGAUCUACAGUGACCUGUACCUGACUGUGUGUGAGUGGCCUAGCGACGCUUCCAAGGUCAUCGUGUUUGGUUUCAACACCCGCUCGGCCAACGGGAUGCUCAUGAACAUGAUGAUGAUGAGCGAUGAGAACCAUCGUGACAUCUACAUCAGCACUGUGGCUGUGCCACCUCGGGGCCGUUGUGCUGCCUGCCAGGAUGCCAGUCGUGCCCACCCAGGGGACCCAAGCGCACAGUGCCUGCGGCAUGGCUUCAUGCUGCACACCAAAUACCAGGUGGUGUACCCCUUCCCCACCUUCCAACCCGCCUUCCAACUCAAGAAGGAUCAGGUGGUGCUGCUCAACACCAGCUACUCCCUGGUGGCCUGCGCUGUCUCUGUCCACUCAGCAGGUGACAGCAGUUUCUGCCAAAUCCUGUAUGACCACACAGCUUUGCCCCCAGCCCCACCCAGUUCUCCAGGACCUUGGAGCCCUGAGGCAGCCCCAGCCUUCCCCAGUCUUGGUGUUGAGGUGGUCCCAGCCCAGCCCUCUGGAGCCCCUGAGCCCUCACCAGCCAUUGCCAAGGCCAAGGAGUUUGUAGCUGACAUCUUCCGCAGGGCUAAAGAGGCCAAGGGUAGUCCCUUGGAGGAAACUCGGCUGCCCUCUAGCUUGGGGCCCUCAAGCAGCCGCUGCCGCCCAUCUUUAGAGCCGCAAGCCCCAAGUGGGGAAGUGGUACCCAGGGACAGCCCUCCUGCUGCAGAGACCACUGCCCCUGAGCCUGGCUACAUCAAUUACACCAAGUUGCACUAUGUGUUGCAGUCUGGGGAAGGGACAGAGCCUGAGGAUGAGUUUGAGGAUGACAAGAUCUCCCUGCCUUUUGUGGUGACUGAUCUCCGUGGCCGCAACUUACGGCCCAUGCGAGAGCGGACAGACAUGCAGGGCCAGUACCUGACAGUGGAGCAGCUUACCCUGGACUUCGAGUAUGUCAUCAAUGAGGUCAUCCGCCAUGAUGCCACUUGGGGUCACCAGUUCUGCUCUUUCAGUGACUAUGACAUAGUCAUCUUGGAGGUCUGCCCAGAAACCAACCAGGUCCUGAUCAACAUUGGCCUGCUGCUCUUGGCCUUUCCAGCUCCCACUGAAGAGGGCCAGCUUCGACCCAAGACCUAUCACACCAGUCUCAAGGUGGCCUGGGACCUCAACACAGGCAUCUUUGAGACAGUCAGCGUGGGUGAUCUAACUGAGGUCAAAGGACAGACCAGUGGCAGUGUCUGGAGCUCCUACCGAAAGAGCUGUGUGGACAUGGUCAUGAAAUGGCUGGUGCCAGAGAGCAGUGGCCGCUAUGUGAACAGGAUGACAAACGAGGCACUGCACAAAGGUAGGAAGUGCCCUAGCUGGGCAGGACACCUGAUCUUACCCUGGAUCCCGGGCAUGCUGGACGUAAGGAGUGUCCUGGGAUCUGAGUGGCAUCCAGCUAUGGCUGGAGAAGCGGGGUGCUCACUGAAGGUUCUGGCAGACAGUGAGCGGUACACUUGGAUUGUGCUGUGAGGGCUGGACUGCCCUGGACCCUGACUCCAACUACCUCCACGGGCCCGGAGAGGACCGCCUUCCUGGGCUGGCCCUACAAGGGCCACAACCGGCACUAGUGUUAGGUUGCAGGAUGGAUGGGACUGGCACAGCAGCCUCUGGUGGCCCGAGAGUCUGGAUGUGUCUUUAUUUAUGCCUAUUUAAGUUGGGAAAGGCAGAGAGAGGAGCCCUGGCCUGCCCCAGCGAAGCCCAGUCCUGCUUCCUGCGCUCUGGCCCUUGUCCUUGGCUGCAAGUGUAGCCCUCUAGGGCUGCCAGUGGUUCCAGCCUCCCUCACUUGGGGGGUGGGGGGAGCCCCGUGGUGGCCUCGCCUUGUUCCAUGUACUAAAUGCUUUAUUUCUGA